UUGAAUCUAGAUCUAGCGCCCAUCUCCUGCAAGUAAUCCAGCUUGAGCGGCAGACUAAAAGACGAGUUGUCAUGGGUGCAGUUCCAGAUUUGCAAGACUUCGUGGGACUGGAUCGGAUUUACACGUGUAUCACAUGUGAACAAGUACUUAGUGACCCCUACCAGUUAGUUUGUGGACAUCACGUGUGUGGGGAACACCUACAACACAUGUUUGUUAACAACAACUCGUUCACCUGUCCAGGCCAGGAAUGUGGCUCUAUCACUGAACGUAAUCAGGUAUUUCCUGAUGAAAGCCGGAAACGGGAGAUCACGGGUCUGCUGGUCAGGUGUCCGUACCGGAGAAGUGGAUGUAAAGAGAUCAUUGAAUGGAGGAAUCUCCCGGACCAUUGCGAGCUGUGUUGCCUGACAACUGUGGUAUGUCCCAAUAAGUGUGGCGAAGAAGCUAUCACUCGUGGUCAGUUACACAACCACUUGCAGGAGUGUCCGUUAAAGACGAGUGUUUGUCCUUACUCCGAACACGGCUGUCCAUAUUCGGGUACUGAUCGGGAGCUGAAGGAGCACGAAGAAAACAAUGUGUCCCUCCAUCUUUCUAUGGAGUCCAGGUUUCGCCGGGAGAGGGAAGAGCGGGAGAGGGCUGAAAACGCCGAGUUAAAGAGACAAAUGCGUAAUGUGCUGGAAGUGGUUGCGGUCAUGAAAGAGGAAAACCAGAAACUUCACGAACAACUUAUGAAAACCAGAGCAGAGGCAAGAGACUUGAAGAUACUGAUGGUGGGGUACGGGGAAAAGAGCAUCCACGUUCAGCGAAAGCUUCAGGACCUCGUAACAAAGGAGGUUGCCAAUAAACUGUCUAAUGACGUCAGUACUCUGAAGGACAGUUUAAUUGCAAGUAACGAAAGGCUCACCUGCAUAGAAAGGGCGGGACAUGGACCAGGGAGUGUAGCCGCUCCAGCAUUAUCACAGCUAGAACGUCGAGUGGCCCUCUACGACACCGAACUCAACAAACUCAAUUUGGAGGUUCGGCUUCUGGAGACAGCGGACCACACCGGAACUCUGAUGUGGAAGUUACGGGACUAUCAACGACGAAAACAGGAAGCCAUUUUCGGAAGGACUCAGUCGCUUUUCAGUCAACCAUUUUACACUAGUCGUUAUGGUUACCGUAUGUGUGCCCGUGUGUAUCUCAACGGCGACGGGAAUGGCAAGGGAACCCAUCUGUCUGUCUUCUUCGUGGUGAUGAAGGGGGACUUCGACGUUCUGUUGGAGUGGCCGUUCAGACAGCAGGUGACUCUGAUGUUACUCGACCAGAGCGGCACGGGGCAGGACAUCCGGGAGACGUUCAUACCACAACCAACCGGAAACAGCUUUCAGCGCCCCCAAACGGAAAUGAACGUGGCAUGUGGUGUUCCCCGUUUUUGUUCCCUGGACAGACUGGAGUCGGAUAUGUACCUUAGGGACGAUACCAUAUUCCUAACGGUGAAGGUCGACUGUGCUGAUUUACGAGUUCUAUAGAGACAACUGUACAAAAGUAAAAGUCGUAGAAGCACCCUGUUUAAUUCUUACAGUUAGUCGUAAGUACAAUUCAUUCUUGCUGGAUAAGAAUGCCUACCAUCAAAUCAAUAAUGAUGCCCCC